UCUCUAUCGCUCCACGGACAGGGCCAUCUUUGGUCGUCUCCGCCGGUGACAGUGUGGGCUGUAUUCCCCAUUGAUCAUUAAUGUCCAAUGAUUAAUAAAUAACACGCACCGCUGAAGAGCCUUUUAAAGCAGCCACGCCUGAGAGAAAACACAGGAAUUUUAUUUCUCAGCUUUUUUGUGGACCCACUGGCAUUAUUUCCUUCAGCACCCUUUCAUUUCCCAAGGCUGAAAAAAAGAGGGCGAGACGGGAGAGGCGGUGAUACAACAUGGAUGAGGAAUAUGAUGUGAUCGUUUUGGGCACCGGACUCACAGAAUGCAUUCUGUCUGGGAUCAUGUCUGUGAAUGGGAAGAAGGUUCUGCACAUGGACAGGAACCCUUACUACGGUGGGGAAAGCUCUUCCAUUACACCGCUGGAAGAGCUUUACAAGCGCUUUACUCUCCCUGAUAGCCCACCGGAGUCGAUGGGCAGAGGAAGGGACUGGAACGUUGAUCUCAUCCCCAAGUUCCUCAUGGCUAAUGGUCAGCUUGUGAAGAUGCUGCUAUACACAGAAGUGACUCGGUACCUGGACUUUAAAGUGGUGGAGGGAAGCUUCGUCUACAAAGGAGGAAAAAUCUACAAGGUGCCGUCAACCGAGACAGAGGCACUGGCUUCCAAUCUGAUGGGAAUGUUCGAGAAGAGAAGGUUUCGGAAGUUUUUGGUCUUUGUGGCCAAUUUUGACGAGAACGACCCCAAGACCUUUGAGGGGGUUGACCCUAAAACCACCACCAUGAGGGACGUCUACAAGAAGUUUGACCUGGGCCAGGACGUCAUCGACUUCACUGGCCACGCCCUGGCCCUCUACCGGACAGAUGACUAUCUUGAUGUUCCCUGUUUGGAGACGAUCAAUCGUAUCAAACUGUACAGCGAAUCUCUGGCACGUUAUGGAAAGAGCCCCUACCUCUACCCGCUGUACGGUCUGGGGGAGCUGCCGCAGGGAUUUGCCAGGCUGAGCGCAAUCUACGGAGGAACCUACAUGCUGAACAAGCCCGUAGAUGACAUCGUAAUGGAGGGUGGCAAAGUGAUUGGAGUGAAGUCAGAAGGCGAGGUGGCUCGGUGCAAGCAGCUCAUCUGUGACCCCAGCUACAUCCCGGACCGUGUCCGUAAGGCGGGUCAGGUGAUCCGGGUCAUCUGCAUCCUGAGCCACCCCAUCAAGAACACCAACGACGCCAACUCCUGCCAGAUCAUCAUCCCUCAGAAUCAGGUCAACCGCAACUCUGACAUCUACGUCUGCAUGAUCUCUUACGCUCACAACGUGGCGGCCCAGGGGAAGUACAUAGCCAUUGUCAGCACCACAGUGGAGACCAGCGAACCCGAGGCUGAGAUCGAACCGGCCUUGGAGCUCCUGGAGCCCAUCGAUCAAAAGUUUGUGGCUAUUAGUGACCUUUAUGAGCCCACAGACGACGGCACUGAGAGCCAGGUUUUCGCCUCGAGGUCCUACGAUGCCACGACUCACUUCGAGACCACUUGCAACGACAUCAAGGACAUCUACAAGCGCAUGACCGGGACCGACUUUGACUUUGAGAACAUGAAGCGCAAACAGAACGACGUGUUUGGGGAGGACGAGCAGUGAGGGCGGUCUGAGGGGUUUCUGGGAGCAGAAAAAAGAAGCGAAGGCGGAAAAGGAGCCGAGAGACGGCGUCUGCCUCCUUUUCUUUUCUCUUCCUCCCUCUCUCCACUCUCAAUGAAAUUCGCUCACAAAAAAAAAACACAUACAUGCUUUUCAAACACUCCCUUCCUCUGACACAGAAAAGCAGGGUUGAGUAGGUCUUUCUUUCAGUUGUGAAAUAUACAGUAUCACCAUAACUUUAGCUUCAUCGUUAGGGGUGAGUUUUUGACUUGUUGCAGAUUUUCAGAACAUUUCAGUCCGUUUUUGUCCGUCAUUCUCAUAUCAGGCUUUCGCUGUUCGGCAGGUCUGAGCUUAACGUAAAAUCCUCUCGCAGGGUCACCUCCAGUUGGCAUGCAUGCAUCUUUUACACAGUAGUUAUUGUACAUAGACUGGAUCAACUCAGCGGUUUAAGGACCGGACCGCUCCCAUCAACCCUGCUUUCACUCCCCGUCUUUUACCUGCGUGACUUCAAACAGACGCCGCUCCUUUUUUUGGCGAAAACUUAAAUGUGAUCAAACAGGCAUAUAAAUGGGCUGUUCUGUCAACUGUUAGUGCUCACUUUUGCAACGCUGUUGUGUUCUCAGUGCAAGCAGGCAAGUUAAUCAGUGGCUAUACCUGUCGCCCUCCAACCCCUCUGCAU